CGAAGGCAGUCACCAAAAGAGAAAGACUGCACGUGGAUAAAGCGAAACUUCAAUGGCUGAACAGAAGCGUGCCCCGGAGGUGCUAUGGAGGCCCCAGAAUGCCGGAGCCACGCCUAUGGAUCGGUAUCGCGCUCAUGUCAACGAUAAAUUUAGCCAGGAUCUUCGAACCACCAGGGACUUGCAAAGAUGGAGUGUACGACAGCCGCAGAACUUUUGGUGCGAUUUGUACGAGUAUCUUGAAUUCACCCCACAAUUACCAGCAGGCACCACAAAGGCCUUCGACGAUUCUGUACCAAUGAGCUCAAAUCCGAAAUGGUUUCCCGGGUUAUCUUUCAAUUUUGCAGAAAACUCCCUAUUUUCCAAUCCAGACGAGAAUGCCACAGCGUUGAUUGGAGUUCGAGAAGACACCGAUCAAGACGAGAUCAUGACCUGGAAGCAGUUCCGAGAACAAGUUCGAUUAACAGCCAGUGCCCUUAGACAUAGCGGCGUCAAACGAGGAGAUCGAGUUGCAGCUCUCGUGGCCACCUCCAUACCUGCCAUGGUUCUGUUUCAUGCCAGUGCAAGCCUGGGGGCAAUAUUCACCUGCAUAAGCCCGGAUUUAGGCGCUGAGGGCUGCUACAGCCGGUUACAACAAGUUACGCCGAAGAUACUGUUUGCUGAUUCCCAUACCAUAUACAAGGGGAAAAGGCUCUCCACACUCAGAAAGGUCGAGGACAUCGUGAAAAGGCUGGAUCCAAAGCCGGAGGUUUACAUCGUACCGCUUGUCGGAGACGAAUCCUACAGCUUUAGGACCUAUCCUAGUUUCUUACAACAGGCUAAACAGGAGGAUCCUCUCACUUUCGAAAAAGUGGCAUUCAGUGAUCCUUUGAUGAUCUGUUACUCUUCAGGCACCACGGGAGCUCCCAAAUGCAUCGUCCAUCAACACGGGCUCCUCGUGCAACUGAAAAAGAUCGCCAUACUACACAAUUCUACGACUCCGAAAGAUGUGAUACUACAAUAUUCCAGCACAUCAUGGGUAGUGUUCUACGUUAUGAAUGGCUAUUUUGCCAGUGGAGCGGCAACCAUCGUCUACAAUGGAUCCCCGAUGUUCCCAGACACACGAGCUCUACUCCGAAUGAUUGAGAAAUACCGAGUAACGUACUUUGGCAGCUCGCCAAGGUACCUGCUGGAGCUAGAACUAGCGAAGGUGGUACCCAAGGACGAGCUUGAUCUUUCAUCUCUUCGCAUUGUCUACACGACUGGAGCCACUCUUUCGCCCGACCAAUAUCGUUGGUUCUAUCGUUCAUUCCCGAAGCACAUCCACUUGUGCAACACAGCCGGCGGAACAGAUACGGCAACCUCGCUCAUCGCUGCGAGUCCGACAGAUCCCAUUCACGCCGGUGAGAUGCAAAUAUUCGCGCUGGGUAUGGACGUUGAUAUAGCAGACCCGGCGACUGGAGAGUCCAUUCUGGAGACUGGCGAAGCUGGCGAGAUGAUCAUGCGAACUCCUUUUCCAAGUAUGCCGUGCUUCUUUUGGGGAGAUGAUGGAGGCUCGAAGUACUUCGACAGUUACUUUGCUCGAUAUGAGAACAUCGAUGUCUGGGCACAGCAUGACUGGCUUCAACAGAACCCAAAGACGGGCGGGUUAGUCAUGCACGGGCGAUCCGAUGGCGUACUCAACCCAUCAGGGAUCCGGUUCGGCUCCGGGGAGAUCUAUGCCAUUGUCGAAGCUCCACCAUUCACAGAACGUGUCUCACAAGCACUUUGCGUUGGUCGCAGGAGACCACAAGACUCCGACGAGUCGGUGUUCUUGUUUGUUACCAUGAAUAGUGGCGACAAACUAACGCCAGAGCUAUCUGAUGCCAUCAAGAACGCCAUCAAGACCUCUCUUUCUCCGAGACACGUUCCGCAAUUUGUGAUUGAGGUGCCAGAGAUUCCCACAACAAUUAAUGGCAAGAAGGUUGAAGCAGCAGUAAAGCAAACCAUUUCUGGGAAAGACGUCAAUCCUUCAAACACGGUCGUUAAUCCGGAUGCGAUCACAUAUUUCAGGCGAUUCAGAACACUGGAGAGAGAAGCACGCCCAAGCAAGUUGUAG